AAGUAUUCCCCAUCUGCGCGCACCAGGUUUAUUUCUGACGCUCUCGCCCUUGCCGAAGCUGCGGCAACUGCCGUCAACGAAGGAGACUACAACGAGAAUUUCAAGGCAUUCAUCUUGGAGAAGCUGACGACAGUCUUCAACACAAUCAAUUUUGACAGCUUGAGCUUUGCCGACGGGGACGACAUUCUUGAAAGCAGGACAAAAAGAGAAAUCGUUCAGCUUUACUGUAAGCUCUCGCCCGACGAUUGCACUAAGAAACUGACUCAACAGUUCGAGGCAAACGUGUUGGCCAAAUGUUCGAACAAAAGUAUCGCAAGCGUCUGCUCAAGGUUGAUGUAUGAGUGUGUGAAUCCAGGAAAAGCUUCACUUCACAAGUCGGAUAUAUCCGCUGAUCGCAGCGAUGAACGGUCAACCGGUGGGAGCGAAAUCGUCAGCGAUUUUAUUUUGGACAACUGGAAAGAAGUUCUCUCAGGAUCGUGUGGAUUGUCAGCAGUAUUAGAAAAUGCUGUGUCUCUCAACAGCGAACGAGAGAUCAAGCAGUUUGAGAGGUUCCUCGUGGAUCACAAAAGCUCGGCACGAGACUUAGACGUGCUUAAACGUCAACUUGGAAAUCGCUCGCAAUCGGCAGCAUUGGCUAAAGAUGAACAGGAAAGCAUUGGAAGAUUACAUGGGUUCAAAACGUGUCAAGAGAGAAUUAUGAAGGCUAUGCACUCAUACAUAGGUUACCUCAGUCUGUAUAAUAGUCAGGACUAA